AAUGGCAGGCGGGCGCUUUGUCUGCGCCGGGGCGGGGUGCGCGCCGCCGGGCUGUGGUUGCCGUCGCCGCCGCACUGCCCGCUGGCCUCUGCCGCCUUUGUUGGCCUGGCUCCGUGUGGGCCUGCUUACGCCGCCUGCGGUGCACGACCCUCCGCUGCCUGGGGCUUGUCGCGGCUCCGGCAGCAGUGAGAAGCCGGGCAGGGCACUGGGAAGGGGAUGUGUCUUUUGCCUGCAGUGCUGGGUGCACCAUGUAAACAUCCAUGCCUGCAGUACGUCUGACAAAAGAGCCACCUGGGAUGGAGGUGUCCAGCACUGUCUUCUGGCCACUGCAGGCAUAUGCCUCAGAGCAGGCUUGGCAGCAGUGCUGGCGCUCAUCAGCUGGGGCACAGAGGAACAGUUCAUGCCAGCCACAACACUAAUGAGCAAGCAGCGUUCAAAAGAGUCUUAUGUCCAUUCACAGAAGAGCCCCAAGACUGCAGUUGCUGCCUGUGAAGGGCUGGCUUCUCCUUGGACCGAGAGGAUGGGCCCUGCUUUCUGCCAUUUCAAAGGUGUGUUUGCCCUUCUUUCUGGAGGAGCUUAGCACAGUUUAAGAGAAGUGUAAUGUUUCUGGACUGAGAAAUACCUCUGGAUCUUUUAGCACAGAGAAACAGAGUCUCUAUGAGGUUCUUCUUCACAGACAAGGCACAGCUGAAACCAGUCACUGCAGAACAAGGAGCUGAUGCUGGCUAGAAACCUGCUGCCUCCAUUGCAACUGGGAGAAGAAUGUGGAAUUGGCAAGUCACAGUAAAGGCUUUUUAGGCUUCUUAUGGGUGUCAGAAAUGGGGUGGAAACAAAAGUCUUCAAGGACAUUGCAGACCAUGGGUAUUUACAUCCUCUGUGGCUAGGGCCAGUGAAUGUUACUGGUCUAUCUCUCCAGUUCCUGACAGCUUGAUGA